CCGCUCCGCUCCGCGCCGGCAGCCCCGCGGCCGGGCUGGCGGCUGCGCUGCGGUGCCGCUCGCCUUCCCUCUCCCAUCGCAGCACCGCAAACCCCUCCUUUUUUUUUUUUUUUCUUUUUUUUCCCCUCUCUCUCCCUUUCUUUCCUUUUUUUUUUUUUUUUGCAUGAAGAUGGCGGCGCCUCUCGCCAGCAAAGCAGCGGCCGCCGGCACCGCCAGCAAACCGCCCUGCCCGGAGCUGGAUUUCCGAUCCGGAGCCAGGGUGGAGGAAUUGAACAAACUCAUCAAGGAAUUCACCAAACACGACCAGAGAGAGUACGACGACCAGCGAGCCCUGGAGAUCCAUACGGCGAAGGACUUCAUCUUCUCCAUGCUGGGCAUGGUUCAGAAACUUGACCAGAAGCUGCCUGUAGCCAACGAGUACCUGCUGCUUUCAGGCGGUGUGCGAGAAGGUGUGGUGGACAUUGAUCUGGAUGAGCUGAAUGUUUAUGCACGAGGCACAGACUAUGACAUGGACUUCACCCUGCUCGUACCUGCACUGAAGCUGCACGACCGCAACCAACCCGUGACGCUGGACAUGCGCCACUCGGCUUUGUGCCACUCCUGGCUGAGCCUGCGCCUGUUUGAUGAGGGGACCAUCAGCAAAUGGAAGGACUGCUGCACCAUCGUGGACCAUAUCAAUGGAGCUACCAAUUAUUUCUUCUCUCCGACCAAAGUCGCAGACUGGUUCUAUGACUCCAUUAGCAUCGUCCUGUCUGAGAUCCAGAAGAAGCCCCAGCGAGGGAUGCCGAAGGUGGAGAAGGUAGAAAAGAACGGGACUAUCAUAUCCAUCAUCUUGGGAGUGGGCAGCAGCCGCAUGCUGUAUGACAUCGUCCCCGUGGUGUCCUUCAAAGGCUGGCCAGCUGUGGCCCAGAGCUGGCUGAUGGAGAACCACUUCUGGGAUGGGAAGAUCACGGAGGAGGAAGUCAUAAGUGGGUUUUACUUAGUGCCUGCAUGUUCCUACAAGGGGAAGAAGGACAAUGAAUGGAGGCUGUCGUUUGCCAGAAGUGAAGUGCAACUGAAGAAGUGCAUCUCCAGCAGCCUCAUGCAAGCCUAUCAGGCCUGCAAAGCCAUCAUCAUCAAGUUACUGUCCCGCCCCAAAGCCAUUAGUCCGUAUCACUUGCGGAGCAUGAUGCUGUGGGCUUGUGACAGGCUACCAGCCAACUACUUGGCCCAGGAGGAUUACGCAGCCCAUUUCCUCCUGGGGCUCAUCGAUGAUCUCCAGCACUGCUUGGUCAACAAGAUGUGCCCGAACUAUUUCAUCCCCCAGUGCAAUAUGCUGGAGCACCUGUCGGAGGAGACGGUCAUGCUGCACGCGCGGAAGCUGUCCUCGGUGCGCUCGGACCCCGCCGAGCACCUGCGGACUGCCAUCGAGCACGUCAAAGCGGCCAACCGGCUGACGCUGGAGCUGCAGCGGCGGGGCAGCACCACCAGCAUCCCCUCGCCGCAGUCCGACGGCGGAGACGCCAACCAGCCCGACGACCGCCUGGCCAAAAAGCUGCAGCAGCUAGUGACUGAGAACCCCGGGAAGUCCAUCUCUGUCUUCAUUAACCCAGAUGAUGUCACAAGGCCCCACUUCAGAAUCGAUGAUAAAUUUUUCUGAGCUUUCGCCAACGUUUCUGGGGAUUUUUGGUUUUCCUUUUCGCUUCUGUUUUUAGAAACUCUCGCAGCCUGCAGGGUUUGGGUUUUUUUCCAUUUGGUUUUCCUUGAUGACUUAGUCUCUUGUUUUUUUACAUAUCCAGCAUAGAUUGGAUCUAUUGAGAACAAUCUGAAUAAAUUAUGGUUCCUGGUUCUGCAGGACGGUGCAGAUUUUGAAACAGUAUAUUAUUAUUUCAUAUGCUGCUUUGAUCUUCCCCCCCCCCUCCCAUCUCCAUUGUCUGUGAGUAGUUUCUAAAGGAGAACAUGCACCAUAAACACACAAGCCACAGUGUAAUGCAGGUUUUUGUUUUUUAAGCUUCCAUAAUUUACGUCCAUUGUUGGGCCUGGGGAAGGGACAACUCACCUUCUUCCUUUGCUUCGGAAACCUACUCCUUUUUCCAUGAGCUUCCAUCACCCUAAAGAAAUGAGGAGAGACUCUGGGUUGGAAAGCACUACUGGUAAUUUGAUGAGGCCAAAUCUACUGGGCUGAAGCCUGAUUCUUCUGUUCUUCACACUUCUCACACUAGGGGAGGAAGUUGACUUUGAAGAUGAUGAUGAUGAUGAUGCAGCUUUUGGGGGAAAGAGUUGUUUCUGUUUUGAUCUACUUUUUGAAUGUAAUUGUUCAUAAUUGGACCUUGUACAGUCCAGAGGGUUGUUUAUGCUGCUUUUCCGUGCAGAAUAAGGUUAUGGAAUGUUAGUUUUAGUGUGUGUAAUUAUUCAAAGCCUUAUUUAAAUUCUAUUAAAGAACAUACCAUUAUAAAUGUUAAUUGCACUAAUGAAAUCUCUGCCAUUACCUCAGUCCCACCGUUUGUGUUUCUUUCAUGCAUCAGCAUCUGUUUUCGGGCCUCAGUAUCGCAGAUUGCUUGAGGCCCCUUGGGUUUCCUGGGUUCAGGUGGUUUCUUGAUUGUCUUUUGUAAAAGGCUCUUCCUUGUUAGCACUGCUAUGUGUGAGAAGUCGGAUUUUUGCCUUGGCAUAUUUCUUUGGAUGCGUAUUGUGUGUUGCAGUGCAUAUUGCAUUAAUAUGUAUUGCAUGUUGUUGAAACAGGUUUACCAUUAGAUAAGGAUGUAAUGCUAAAGCAGUGGUAUGUGCAAAGUGAAUCAGCCAGACCUCGAGCAAAGAAAUUACCUUGUUUCUGUAAUGCAUGUAUUAGGCCUGAUCCUUUAUGGCAGUUACCAUUCCCUUGACUCCUGCGGACUUUCUGACUUACCUUGGGACAUACGAGACCUUGCUUUGAGUCUCACGUUUGCAAAAGUUGUGUUUGUAUGUAAACUUGUGGUGCAACAGUAGCCUUGCAAAACACAUACGCUUUCCUUUUGUGUGUGGGAUAAGAUGUAUGGUAACAAGGGUUAGUCUGAGCCAAAAAGAAUUCCGAGAGUUCAAGGAUAGAGUGGCGUUCUUUUUUUGUGGCUGGCUGGCCAGUGACUGAUAUUUAGGCCUUAAAUCAGCAAUUUGGGCUUACUUAUUAUCCCAGAGAAGCUGUUCUGAUCCAAACUUGAUGCAUGUUUAAAAUGUGAUUAUUAGAGCAGGUUGAGGUAUUUUUAAAAUAUUUGACAGAUGAAUGAGGCACAUACCUAGUAAAUCCUAACAGGUUAAAAUUGUGUAUGAAAAAUGUGUCACUAUUGUAGCCCAGCCUUUCUGGUGAAGAAACCAGGCUGGUGGAGCAACACACCAGCAGCUUUGGAAACUGCUUUGUUAGGUGGCAGGGAGGUUUCCAUAUGUGAUCUAGCACCCAAGUCAUGUCUUAAAACAAAACUUUGGCUCCUCUGUCCCUUGGGCAUAUAUGAAAACUUUGGCCCAUGCUGUAGUCAGGGUGUUCACAUUUACCUGAAUUUACCGGUACACGCUUACAUGAGCCUGAAGAAGCUCUUGGAAAUUGCUGGCUAGAUGGAGUGGAUGAGGAUUUAACUUUAAAGCACAAUUGGCGAUCAUGAACCCCGGCGUGGCUGCGGUUACAGUCCGGGGAAGGCCAUGGAUUGGCUUCAGUGGAAGCAGAACUGAGUCCUACCAGUGUGGCUGUUGCCAAAGAUGAGUCUCCAUUUAAAGCUGUGUAACCUGCCAGAGAAGGCAGGAGAACUGACUGGGAAUCCUUGCUCCAGAAGUGCUUCGAAAACACGGUUUCAUUGAAACAGUCUUUUUCCCAGUCUCCAGGACUUCUGUCUUUUGCAAAAAGCCUGGGCUCCAGGAUGAAGUUUCCCAUCACCACGUGAGAGAGAUCUGCUCGGAACAAAGCAGCAGUAGCCUGGCAGGCAGAGUGGUUUCUCGGGAGUGCCAGUGUCUAUGCCAGUGCUCCCAAGUGACACAGGAACACAGCCUUCCUCACGCCAGUUGAGCAUCCCGCUGCCCAGCAGUUUGACCAGCCCAUGGCAAGCUCUGGUGUGU